AUGGGGCCAAAAGCAGAGAAGAAGCCAGCUGAGAAGAAGCUCGCGGAGGAGAAGAAAGUCGUCGUCACUGAAAAAGCCCGCCGAGAAAAAAAACCAAAGGCCGGGAAGAAGCUUCCCAAGGAAUCUGGCGCCGGUGCCGCCGACAAGAAGAAGAAGAAGAGAAGCAAGAAGAACGUGGAGACAUACAAGAUCUACAUCUUUAAAUUGUUGAAGCAGGUUCAUCCUGAUAUCGGGAUCUCAAGCAAGGCAAUGGGUAUAAUGAAUUCCUUCAUUAAUGACAUCUUUGAGAAGCUUGCUUCAGAAUCAUCGAAGCUUGCGAGGUACAACAAGAAGCCUACAAUUACGUCAAGGGAGAUUCAGACAGCGGUGAGGUUGGUUUUUCCAGGGGAGUUGGCAAAGCAUGUUGUCUCGGAAGGGACGAAGGCUGUUACCAAAUUUACUAGUUCUUAG